CUAGUCGGUGCAAGCAGACGAGUUGUAAGUACUAAUAUCGGUGCUGCUCCUCUAGAAGUCGUAGUACGUAGAAGUAGUAGCACCGAUAACAAAAAUAAAUGCAUUUGAAGAAUUCAGAAAGUCAAAAUGACUGAUCUUCUUGCUAUUUUCAUCCACUCUCCACCAGGACUUCACCAUGCUUUUGAAAUACUCACUGUAUACUCCAAAAAUAAAUGCCAACGAAAAUCAAAAACCCGGUAGCAUGACUUUACCAAGAGCAGGCACGAUGUACCUCUUAUUGUGACGAAACUCUAGAAAUAUACUUCUCUCAACCGUGGCAUUCGUCAUGCUAUGUGAGCAACGGUAGACGAAGGCAGUACCAGAAAGAGCUACGCGGCACAUUUUGACCGACGAUACAUACAAUACAAAUACUUGUUGGUGCAAUAAGUUUUUAAGUUUGUUGGCAUUCGUUUCAAAUUGUGAUCUUCAUUCCUCAUUGCUUCCGGUGUGCGGCCCCGAGGAAGAAGAAAUCCAAAAACUAAAUAUUUUUGUGUCGCUCGAAUAAGUACAUGGGGAGCUAAACCUUCAUCACCAAAUCGAUGGACGGCAACAACAAUAUCCGGCAGCCGCCCCCUGCGGCCGCAGGGGGCAGUGGAUCCGGAGCUCCUGCAGGUUCUUCUACUUCCGCCCCGUCCCCUCGCACGACCAAUGAGUUGCCGAAGCCGCUGAUAAAAACGACCGACCCCGAGUCCGUUUUCUUCACGGACGCCUUCAACGAGUCGAAGCGGUUGUGGGAGAUCUUUUUCAUGGGCAAGAUGGUGCUCGGGAUCCAGUCGCUGAUCGACAAGGAAUUGGAGGGGGACGACCACGGGUUCUUCCUGCUUUUCCUCAAAUACGACCUCAACCUGAACGGCACGCUGUCCGUGGACGAGAUAGCGGAGAUGCUGCACGAGUACGGAAUCGACCAAAAAGCAACCGCUAAGGCGCUGGUAUGUGACUUGGUUUUAUUUGCGAUGCAAGUGCAACAAAGUCAAAUCUUGUUCAACAGGUUGAGGUUCAUACCCGCUAAUCAUCUACUUCAUUAUUCUCCAUAAUAGUAAAAGCAACAUUCACUGCAUGGCGCAUCUGGUAUAGCAAGAUGAAGCUCCUUCGUGCGCGGGGUUUUAUUACUCUCUUCUGUCCCUCCGGAUCCUCAUUUCUUGUUCCUUUGUGAUGAAAUAACCUUUAACAAAUUUGAAUUCCGCAGGCCCGCAGCAUCGAGCCAGACGACCCGGAGAAUGUGGAAUUUGUAGAUUUUCUGCGGUGGUUCGAGACCAAUGGGAAGAACCACCAGGCCUUCGAGCAGGUCGGGUUUCGGAUCACGGACAGCGCCGCGAAAUUGCUUGGCACGAGCCUGAUAGCUCCGAUCACGGAUCGGGUAAAGACGAACCUGAGUCGGGAGCAGCUGAAACAGUUAUGCAUUGCAAAUAUGUCUGGGUCUGGAACAAACUUGUGUUGCUGAAGCUUGCAUUGUAGAGUAGCCGCAUGUACGGCAUAACAGCAUGAGACAUUUUGCGACUCAUUCGCAGAUUCAUUCGUAAAACGCAUCACAAACUACUGGCCGCCAGCACGACAAAAAAACUGGCCCAUCGCAUUCACGCUUUACAGAUCUCUCUGCCUUUCCAAAUUCGCAUGACAAAUCCAGACCCAGACAUAUUUGCAAUGCAUAACAGUCUAUCGUGAACUACCGCCAGCUGUACGCCAUAUGAGAGUGCACAACUCCGUCCCCCGCCCCCUCAUUUGUCAUGCAAAAUAUCAAAUCCACAUCUUGGGUCUAUGCACAGUUUGCAUGAGAAAUUUUGGAGCCUCAAACAGUACUACAGUCCGCGGUGUGCAGAUUUGUGAUGCAGAAGCCACAUUUUUGGCGUUGCUUGUGUUGCUGUUUAUGCGAUACAAAUGAGGGGGAGGGGGGGUUGUGCACUGUGAUACGCCAACCUCCGGAUCUACAAGGCCAACCAGGCGUUUCGGCACUUGCCCGACGACCCGUUGGAGGAGAUCAAAGUACUGUAUUCUCUGAUCAGCAAGGAGCUCUCCACGGAGAACGAGGCGCUGUUUAACCUGUUCGCGGAGCACGACAACGAUCUGGACGGCAAGCUCGAUAAGGACGAGCAGCGACAGAUGUUCCGAAAGUUCGACAGUUCGGCCAGCGAGAACGAGAUUUCCAUUUACCUGAAGGAGGUGAACGCUGACCCGGUGCUGCAGUUUUUGGAUUUCCUCGACUGGUGGGAGCAGUCCAAGAUCGUGCCGCAGUCGCUAGUGAGCAGGAAGAAACUGGCGAAGCAGCUGGCAAACAACCUGUUGACGACAACCUCGACCGCGAGUACCGUGGGGACCAACCUGCUGGCAAAAAUCGGCGCGGACAACUUGUUCGGGAACCUGUUCGGGCACGAGUUGCGCAAAAAGUGGGAGGCCCUCGGGGCGGAGGACCUGAUAAAACUCUCCGAGGUCUACAAAGUGCUCUACAUCGACCUGAGGAAUUAUUCCAUGGAGCACUACGUCGCGGAACUCGAAACCAGCAUCUGCGGAAACGCGCUGCUGUAAAAUAAGUAAAUCCUAUAGUCGCUUUGGUUCUGGAAGUUGAAGAGAAUUCAUCCUUGACGCUCAAGAAAUUUCUACAUUGUUUCCCAGAACAAGUUUCUCUCGGACUGGUCGCACCACAGUAGUUUCGUGCCACAGGCGUGAGUCAUACGAAGACUGCAAGAUAGUAGUAGAUAAAUCCAUCGGUGGCACCACUCACAUUUUGUUUCUUGCAGCAGCACCAUCAGGCUUCUAUUGCAGAAAUGUAUGAACCGACAUGCCAUUCUUUCUACCCCCUUCACCUUCUCCACAGAGUGUAUACAUAGAUAUAGAAGAACAAGCAAGAAGAUCCAUCUACAUGUCUGUAUAGUUCUCUCCUACCCCGCCGGCGAGCUUUACCUUUGAAAUGAACAAGCUAGAGCUACUAUUUAGGCGUAGACGCGCGCGUCGUUUUGAGACCAUAGCUUCUUGACAUUUGUAGUUUGACGGCUUCUAUCAUGUGAGAGCGAGGAGGGGUGUUCUGCUUCUGACAAGCUCGUCUGUCAACCAAGAUGUUGAUGCUGAGAGUGAGAGGAGCUAGCAAAUCAACCCAAAACCAAGGGGUGAUGAAGAUGUCGUGGAGGUGUAAGGUGAUUGAGCAGCUUUUGUGGAGCAUGGUCUCUCUGAUCCUCAUGGAGCGAGCCGUUGUGGGACUUCGUCUAGAGAUGAAUGCUAUGUCUAUGAGUGUGAUGAGCGAAAUAAAAGCGAUGGCCGAGAUCGUGGUCGUGGACGAGAAAGACGAGCUUGAGAGAGAAGAAGCACGAGAGUUGUAGAUUGAGAGUAGAAAACAGCAACGGAAAUGAG